UAUCCUGUCACUCUCGUUCUCUCUCUCCCAGUCUCUCACUCUCGUUCUAUCUCUCAGUCUUUCCCCGUCUCUCUCCAUCCCCUUCUCUAGUUUUGCCCACCAGAUCAACCAUGGAGCCAUCGUCGAGUUGCCGGGGGGCGGUGGAUCGGGUACUUCGCCAUGUCCCCCGACGAGAUGACGCGGCGGCUCGGGUUUUGCGAGGUGGUCGUCUUGUUCCGGGGCACCGUCACGCCGGCGACUUGUACACCUCCGCCGCUAGCGCCUCUCGCGCGGAUCCGCUGUCGGCGGCGACGGGAGGGGUGGAUCCGGCGACCUCUUCCCCUCCUGCAUGGAUCCCGUCGUCUCUCCGCUCCCCUCUUGUGCGGAUCUGCCGUCCGCGGCGAUGGGUGGGUCGAUCCGGCGACCUCCGUCGUCUCUCCACCCUCCGUUCGUGCUGAUCCGCCGCGGGUGAUGAUGGGAGGGACGGAGGUGGGGUGGCAGACUGGCAGAUGGGGCGACGACCUCGACGAUGGCGACACAUGUGGUUUGGGCGCCAUCGCAAUCUUUUCGCCCAGGUUAGAUAACAUGUCAGUUUUGCUAGCUAUUCGGCCAGCCAGAGAGGAGGGUUCAAGCUUGCGGACGAAGGUGCACCGAGGAGAGCGCAGUCGAGUGGUGGUACCGAGCGCCCGAGCGGUGGUACUGAAGAUUUCAGGCGGAGCCGGAGGCGGCAAGGUGGGGCUGCCGGUGUUGGACGGCGCACUCGCUUUCCCGCAGGCCACAACGGCGUCCCAGUUCCUAUCUGCCGGUGAUUUUGUUCAUUUAAAUGAGCCGUAGGAGGGUGAUUUCAUAGUGAUCUACUCCGAUAUCAAGUCCAACAAAUAUGUAAUGUUCCCACAAAAAAAAACAAAAAAAAUGUAAUGUUCAUCCUGCUGUCCCCUAUUCCUGUUUGUUGUUCUUGCAUGCUCUGAACUAAACUCAGUUAGCUGUGAUUUUGAGUGUCACCACACAAUCAUGGUUAAAAUCCCAGCACAACUUUAUCUUGAUCUGGAUGCAGCAAGGUAAGUCAUCAUGAUAAAUAAGUUGUAUUUCUUGCCAUAUUUUAUAUUUGUUUAGGUGUGUUGCCAGGUUUUCAAGGAGACAGAAGAUGAGAUUUGUUGACUUUGAUGGGUUGGAGUUAUGGAAUCGAGAUGGUUGCCAAAAAAAUAUUCAGGUGAAUUUUUUUUUGUUCAAAAUAAGUUUGGUUGCAUGGCUAAAUUGGAACCUACUGUAUUUGCUAUGCCCCCUUUAAUGCUUUGGAAUUUUUAAGAGCUCUAUAUUAUUGUCUGUUGAUUCUGCAUGGACCAUAGGUGUUUAUUUCACUUGUGUUCUAUUGCUGCAUUAAGUAAUACUUUUGCGCACCGAGUUCAGAGAAAGAUAGGGGAAAUAGAAAUAAUAAACUCUGAAACCGGUUUCCUUUAAAGUAGCAUAUUUAGUCAAUAUUAUUGUUUUGAUUUUUUUAAACCAUGUUGGCAUAUGAAUGUGAUGAAUAACCACCUACAGUAGCAUAUGCAGAACAAGCUACUGUAACUCAAGGCAUUAAGGGUAUUAAGUAUUGCCAGUGGUUGAAUAAGACCAUUAGAUUGAAUAUAUUUAUGUCUCUACUGAAGGAUAUUGUGUGAAGUUUAUGCAUGCUUUCAGUUUUUAAAUAUUGUCAGUGGUUGAUUAAGACUGUUAGAUUGGAUAUAUUUAUGUCUCUAUCACACUAUUAUGUCAUGGAUUUUUUUUAAAAAAUAUUCAGGUAAUUACUGCCAAUAUCAUCUUGUUAAUAUAAUGAUUUAAUUAUGCAUGAUAAAUAAGUUGUAUUUCUUCUCCUGGUACAUGCAUUUAAUAUGACAGAAUUUACAAAAAUUACAAGCUAUUCAUAUCCUGAUUAUAAUUGCUUCUAAAGUUAUGCAAAAAAAAAUCUAAUUGUUAAGGGUUAAAGAAUCACGUCCAACAGCAAAUUGCUCUUUUUUUAAAAAAAAAAUUGAGCGCAUAUGAGUAGCGUCAAUCAAGAGAUUGCUCAAUAUCCACACCAAAUAUCGGGUGUAUAUAUAUGAGUCUUGUUUGUGUUUUCAAUUUCUUUAUAUAGGUUGAGAAGAUGUUUGUAUCAUACCUUCCAUGUAAUUUUUAUUCUUGGAUUCUGAAUGUAAUUCCUGGGUUGUAAUUCUUGAGCCAUGUAAUUUUAUACGAUUCUAUUUGGGA